AAAAGCUGUAUUAUUUAUGUAAAGCAUGGCAAUCUCUAUAGCCAUCUUGGACUGUGAUCUGCUCCUGCAUGGUCGAGGCCAUAAAACCCUGGACCGCUUUGACCUGGACUCUGUCUCAGACAACUUCCUCCUCACUCAAUUUGGCUUCCCCAGAGAGUUUAUCCUGUAUCUGGUGGAGUUACUCAGGGAGUCUCUGUGCAGACGUACCCAGCGGUCUCGAGCCAUCAGUCCUGAGGUCCAGGUGUUGGCUGCAUUGGGCUUCUACACAUCUGGCUCUUUCCAGACGUCUAUGGGAGACACUAUCGGCAUCAGCCAGGCGUCAAUGUCAAGAUGUGUGUCCAAUGUGACCAAAGCCCUGGUGGAGAAAGCUCCCCAGUUCAUCACAUUUAACAGAGAUCCCUCCAGCAAAGAUCAGACCUUCCAGGAGUUUCUGAGGGUUGCAGGAUUUCCAGGAGUUCUGGGGGUGCUGGACUGUGUUCAGGUUGCUAUCAAAGCUCCAAACAGCGAAGACUCGUCGUAUGUGAACAAGAAGGGCUUUCACUCUGUCGGCUGUCAGCUGGUUUGUGACGCCCGAGGGUUGUUACUCAGCGCAGAAACGCACUGGCCAGGUGGACUCAAAGACACUGAAGUUCUAGAAAGAUCUGCUCUCUACAAACAGCUGCAGGAAAUAUCAGAGGGCUGGCUGCUGGGUGACCGUCGUUAUCCUCUAAGAAAGUGGUUGAUGACCCCGGUGGAUUGCCCAGAAUCCCCUGCAGAGUUUCGAUAUAAUCUCGCUCACACUGCUACACAUGAGAUAGUGGACAGGACCUUCAGAGCCAUCCAGACCAGAUUCAAAUGUUUAGACGGCACCAAAGGAUACCUACAGUACUCUCCAGAAAGGAGUUCGUCCAUCCUGCUGGCCUGCUGUGUUCUCCACAACGCCUCCCUGCAAUCUGGAUUAGACGCCUGGACUCUGGAGAGAACGGACCCUCUGGAGCAGCCCGAGAGCCUCGAACAGAGACCAGAGGACCGCGACAGCCAGGCAGAGGAUCUUCGGAAACAGCUCAUACUCAAACACUUCAGCUAAACCACCGGCUGGACUCUUCAGUGUUACAGAGUUUACUAAAGACUAAGACAAGCAAAUC